AAUGGCUGCGUUCGAUCUAUCCUUUGGAUCAGAUAUUUCCAUCACCGAUUUCCUCAGCAGCUCAUUUGAUGAUCUCCACCAGCUAAAUGCAGCGACGGAUGCAUUAAUUGAAAGCCAAAAAUGUGUGGCGAAUGAUUUUAUCGACAAAAUCAUCAUUAUUUACCUGCGACACAAUCUCUCUCUUGUCUGCUUAGAAGAUUUGAUGCGUCUUCUCAACGUAAACCGUGAAAUUUGUGAACAACUACCGACAAACAAAAAACAAAUAUUGAACCUGUUUCGCGAGAACAAAGAUAUGAUCGAGAUCGUUUACUUUGUUAGAUGUGCUAAGUGUCGGAAAAUCGUGAAAAAAAAUGCAGAUAACUUGGAACAAUUGAAGUGCUGUGACAUUAUUUUAAAGAAAAGUGAAACGAACUUUUAUGUGUACAUGCCGCUGGAAAAACAGAUCAUUCAGAGCAUUGAAGCUAACUGGAACGACAUUAAAAACUUUGACACAACUAGCAAAGACGGUAGCAUUUCUGAUGCUCAUGACGGCGAAAUUUUAAAGAAUGUGUUGCGGCAGUACACAGACAGUGACAUAAAUAUUUUGUCGCUGUGCCUGAACGUCGACGGAGCAAAUAAAUUCAAUUCAAAUUUGAUAUCGUUGUGGCCAAUCCAGUUUCUACAAAAUUUUCUUCCACCAAAGAUCCGGUUCCUGCCUAAAAAUAUACUAGUAUCUGGGUUGCUGUACACGGAAGGAAGUUUCGACUUCCGCGAAUAUUUUUUACCGCUCAUCAACGAAAUGAACAACGUGAAGAAAACCCCAAUCGUCAUGUCUCUCGACAAUGCAGAAUUUACAUUUAAGCCGGUAGUCACUCACUGUGCAGUUGAUCUCCCAGCAAAAAGCAAAUUACAAGAAACGAAGCAGUUUGGUGGAUACAAUGCGUGCACUUUUUGCCAUAUUCCCGGAAAACAGGUUUUGAUCUACACUAAGAGUGGCAAAAACAAAACUAACAAACAAAAACAGAACAAAAGUGGCAAGGAUGGUAAGCAGAUGAAAUGUGUUCGAUAUCCGGCAGGAACUUCCUACCCGCUGCGCGAAGAAAAGGAAACGCUGAGAAGCAUGUUGGCUGCAUCGACAUCUAAAGACAAAAUUAUAGACGGUAUCAAAGACGUAUCGUGCUUGGUGGCGCUGGAGCACUUCCAUGUUGUGAACAGUAUCAGUUGCGAAUACAUGCACAGUGUCUUGCUAGGAGUCGUGAAGCAGAUACUAAACUUCUUCUGCAACCCAAAGAACAGUAAAGGCAAAUUCUACAUUACCAAAAAAAACCGGAAAUUACUAAACAAGAGAAUUUUGGAAAUAAAACCGAACUGUGAAGUGGCUCGGAAACCGCGAUCUUUAGAGCAACUGUCGACUUUCAAAGCGAGUGAAUUCCGUUCCAUGCUACUAUUCUACAUGCCGGUGUGUUUAGCUGGCUUAGUACCAGAUGUGUUCGUCAAACAUGUCCGCCUUCUAUCUGCAGCUGUGUACAAAUUACUAAAAUCGACAAUUCCGAUUGAAGAAGUUGAUGAAGCCGGCGAAAUGUUGGAUCGAUUUGUUGAACAGCAUCAGAAGUUGUUUGGGAUUGAGGCUAUGGUGAUGAACGUGCACUUAUUGACACAUUUGGUAGACAGUGUUCGGGCGCUGGGCCCACUUUGGACACACUCGGCCUUUCCGUUCGAGAGAAACAAUGGUGUGUUGCUAAAGAAAGUCAAUGGGACAACAGAUGUACUUCUACAAAUAUCGUCAAAAUAUUGCCUUGAAAAGUCAAUGAUGAGUCGUCGCGAAAAGCCAAUUAUCAAAGAGAAAGUUUUGUUAGGCAGACGUUUUACGAUGGCUGACGAAUCGCUCUGUGUUUUUGAUAUUGAGCGUUCAAGAGGCGCAGAUCUUUCAAAUAAGACAUUAUCGGUCCACAAGAGAAUCAAAUUGAAGAAUAUAAUCUACACAAGCACAUCCUACACGCUACCAAAAAAAUCAGUUGAUUACUUUGUUGGUUUGCAAAACGACAUGAUUGGAAAAGCAAAGUUUUAUUACGAAUCCGGUGGUAAUAAGUACGUGGUCUUGGAAGAGUUUGAAAUUAUUGACACCAUCGAUCACAUUUUGAAAGUUGCGCCAACCCGGCGGAAUAUUCUGGCGUCAAUUAACGACAUCAAUCAGAAGUAUCUUUAUAUGACCGUUGGAACGAAUCAAUAUAUUUCCUCGGUUCCGAAUACAUAUGAAAAGGAAUGAUCAAACGGUCUCAUCCGUCGUCGUGACGUAUUGAAGUAUUCAUACACUCGUUACGUUUUUUUUUCUUCAUUUUAUUGAAUUGUUAAGUUUUUACGAUUUUUGGUUCCUAUCUUACUUAUUUGCUCAAUAAUUUUUGAUCGAGCUAAGUCUAUGAUUCGUUGAUAUGUGUACGGUGGUAUAAAUGAACAAAUAAACUGGA